CUGUCAAAUGUCAAAUAAUGUAUAAAUAAAAUAGUUUAAAAACGAAAAUGGUUUAUUAGGAUGUAAUUUAAAAAUGGAUAUUUUGAAUUUGUUAAAUGAAAUUAAUGGAGAUUUUGGAAACGUCCUAAAAUCUUUUUGGAUUGGAAGUACUUAUACCAACUACUUUGAAGUGAUUUUGGAAUUACUAGUGUUCAAGUUUAAUUACGCGUUAGCCCUACUUAUCUUUGCCAUUCUUGGAUGUUCUUGUUGGUAUAGUUUCCGCAGAUGGCAAAUACGAGGUAUAUCUCUAAAGCAAUCUACACCUUUUGGGGGAUCACGUUUUCGAAAACGAGACAAAGCACUGUUUUAUGGAAGGAAAAUGUUAAGGAAAGUCAAAUCGUUAUCGGGUCAAGUUCGCAGUUCCGGUCAGGGCCGAAAACGAAAACUGGUAAUGAGAUUUGCCCGAAAGUUGUUGCGUCUACGUAAAGAAAAUGAAUUGGAGCAAUUAAAGGUUUUAGAGCCGCCCGCCGAGUAUUUGGAGGAAGACUUGUUUAGUGAUGAUCGUAUGCCGAGGGAUGUGUACUACUUGCUAAAAAGCAUGCGAGUUUUUGGCUACUUUGAAACUCCAGUUUUUCUAAAAAUAUGCAAACAAACGGAAAUAAUGAACGUGCCCGCAGGUUCAUUUCUUUUUAAAAUCGGCGAACCAGAUGAAAAUGUUUUUAUUGUUCAGAGUGGUAAAGUUAACGUGUUUAUUACGGCUGUGGAUGGAUCAAUUUUAUCGUUAAAGAUGGUUAAAACUGGCGAAUCUGUUACGUCCCUACUGAGUUUUACAGAUGUCCUUACGGGUCAUCCAAAUCCGUACAGAACAGUGUCCGCAAAGGCCAUGGAGGAUUCUACAAUUGUAAAACUUCCUAUGGCUGCUUUUCAUGAAAUUUUUCACGAAUGCCCUGAUACCUUUAUUAGAGUCAUACAGGUUAUUAUGGUACGACUUCAACGAGUUACUUUUACAGCGCUUCAUCAGUAUCUGGGUCUUAGCACAGAACUUAUUAAUCAGGGCCCAAGAACUAGUAAGCAUAGGCAUCCAUUAAUGAGUUCACCUCAACGUAGCAAAACAAAGGACACGCCACCGAUAAAACGUGAAGACAUUGAGGGAUUUUAUUGGGAACCCACGGAUAAUAUGCAGCCAAGUUCUAAGCCAGUUACUGUACCAACUUAUCGUCGUAGUAAAUCCUGUUUAGAAACCAAACACUCUCCCAAUUAUAAUACGCCAGAUAUGGUACCCGAUUUAGAUCAGCCGUAUAGUAACGUGACUCCCGAUUUGCAACAGGCAUUAACUAGAACCAAGCGAUUAUCUGUUAUUGAAAAUAUCGAUAUACCAUCAAUUAUUCAGAGUGCCACCGAAGUGUUUGUGCACGAACUGGGACUCGAGGAUGAUUUAUGGCUUAAGGGAAAUGUUGAGUAUCGAGAGGUUGUAGCAGGUACUUACUUAAUGAAGGAGGAUUCAAAUAAGGAUGCUGCAUUAGUGUACAUUAUUUCUGGGUCAUUAACGCUAGCACAACGAAUGACAGACACUGAUGAGGAUGUGCACAUGUUCACGGCACAUCCCGGUGAAAUUGUCGGUGGACUGGCAGUUUUAACUGGAGAGACAAAUUUUUUUAACAUUCGUGCCAAACAUUUUACUCGUCUUGCCAUCAUUUCAAAAGCCACCUUUUAUAACUUAAUGAAAGAGAAACCGGGUAUCAUCCUUUUUAUUGCUGACAUGGUAGUGAAACGACUCUCACCCUUUGUAAGGCAAGUGGAUUUUGCUCUAGACUGGGUUUUUCUCGAAUCGGGAAAAGCUGUUUACAGACAAGACGACGAAAGUGAUUCCACGUUUAUUGUAUUAUCCGGCCGUUUGCGUUCUGUUAUCACGCAUAAAAAUGGAAAGAAGGAAUUAGUUGGCGAGUAUGGUAAAGGAGACUUAAUUGGAAUUGUGGAGAUGGUUACCCAAACUAAAAGGAGUACAACAGUGAUGGCGGUUAGAGAUUCAGAACUGGCCAAAUUGCCCGAGGGAAUUUUUAAUGCAAUUAAAUUACGUUAUCCUAUUGUAGUAACAAGACUUAUAAAUUUGCUAGGUCAUCGUAUUUUAGGUAGUUGGAAAAAACCAAAUUUAAAUUUACGUACACCAAGUUCUCCAAGUUAUUCUGCGUUAGAUACUAGACCAUCUCAAAUAAAUUUUUCAACAGUAGCCAUUAUGGCGGUGUCUGAAGAUGUCCCAUUAACGUCUUUUACUUUCGAAUUGUACCAUUGUUUAAGUGCCAUAGGGCCUACUUUAAGACUGACCUCGGAUGUGAUUCGCAAAACCUUAGGGAGUAGUAUAAUGGACCCAAACAACGAAUAUCGUUUAACGACGUGGCUGGCUCAGCAAGAAGAUCAACAUAAAAUUGCAUUGUAUCAAUGCGACUUGACCUUUAGUUUGUGGACGCAACGUUGCAUCCGGCAGGCCGAUUGUAUACUAAUUGUGGGACUGGGAUUUAAACCGCCCACCCUAGGACAGGUGGAGAAAGAAGUACAAAGACUAGCUAUUAGGACGCAAAAGGAAUUGGUCUUGCUUCACCGAGAAGAUGGGCCGCGACCAAGUAAUACGGUCGCCUGGUUAAAUAUGAGAUCGUGGAUUUCGUGGCAUCACCAUAUAAAAUGUUUCAAACGUACAUUCUCGAGAAAGAGUUUAUAUCGCAUUUAUGAACUUUACGGGAAAGUUUGUCGAUCUGAACCAAAUAUACAUUCAGAUUUUUCAAGGUUGGCUAGAUGGUUAACGGGGAAAUCAGUUGGUUUGGUACUCGGCGGUGGUGGGGCUCGAGGUGCCGCGCACAUUGGAAUGAUUAAAGCUAUACAAGAGGCGGGUAUACCAAUUGAUAUGGUGGGUGGUGUUAGUAUUGGAGCUUUCAUGGGUGCGCUAUGGUGUCAAGAAAAGAAUAUCACCACCGUUACACAGAAAGCGAGGGAGUGGGCGCAGAAAAUGAACCAAUGGUGGCGUCAAAUAUUAGACCUGACUUAUCCCGCGACAUCUAUGUUUAGUGGACGUGGCUUUAACAAAACGAUUCAUGCCGCAUUCAACGAUACAUUUAUUGAAGAUUUGUGGUUACCCUAUUUUACUAUCACUACCGAUAUCACGGCCUCUUCUAUGAGAAUUCACAGCCACGGUCAUUUAUGGAGGUAUGUGCGGGGUAGUAUGACUGUUAUGGGAAUAUUUCCCCCCAUGUGUGAUCCAGUGGAUGGACACAUGCUUUUGGAUGGAUGUUAUGUCAAUAACGUUCCAGCUGAUGUGAUGCGCAGCUUAGGAGCCAAUCACAUAUUGGCGAUUGAUGUUGGAUCAGUUGACGAUCAAGAUUUAACUAAUUAUGGAGAUGACCUAUCGGGAUGGUGGGUGAUGUGGAAACGGUGGAAUCCCUUCACAUCUGCUGUAAAAGUUCCUAGCUUACCUGAUAUACAGUCACGUUUAGCAUAUGUGAGCUGUGUUAGACAAUUAGAAGAAGUAAAAAAUAGUGAUUAUUGUGAAUAUAUUCGUCCGCCUAUAGACCAGUAUAAAACAUUACAAUUUGGUAGUUUUAACGAAAUCAAAGAUGUAGGUUACAAUCACGGGAAAACGUAUUUUGAAGGGCAGAUGCGUGCAGGUCGACUGCCUCUUUUCCAUUACCACAUGCCCCCUGAAGGUGCUCGAGUUCACCAGGCGCAUCCAUCUUGCUAUACAUUUACAGAUUUAGCACAGAUGGUUUGUAAAGUACCCAGAACAUUUGAAGAUGAAACUUCCAGCUCAUCGUCCGACUACGAUGAAGACUAUGACGGUCAGGGAUAUGCUUCAGAACCUUCUGCCGGUAUUUUAGAGCGUGACGAAAAUAAACUCCGUCAUAGUAGACGCACGUGUGGUUCUCUUUCGUUGUCGGAUAACGAAAUGGAAUCGGAUUUUGAUACGGCCAUGAUGGAUGGCCCUAUCCCACCAUUAACCAAAGCAGAAUACUGUUAUUCAGGUUCACUAGAUAAUACGUGAAGAUUUUAAGGCUUUCUUAAGUUAAAUACAGGUACUUACCUCCAAGGUAAUAAUGUCUAUGCAAUAGUAUUAUUGAGAAUCUUUUGUAAAACGAUUUUGAUAUUUAAGGUACCUUAGGUACUUUUUUACACUGCAAAAAUAUUUGGCUUUAUUAUGUAACCGUGAAUUUGUAAUAAAUAAUUGUUUGUUACGUA